AUGGUGCAACCACGCCUUCAUAAUAAAUGUGAUACUCUCCCAAUAGCUGCCUUUGAAACUAUCCAUCUGUCAACAUAUCAGCCUGAAUUCUUCACAGCAUACUGUCGCCUUUCGAUAUUUCUGGAGCAUUAUCUCAUGGUCUGCCAAUAUCAGCAAAGGAAGUGCUUGUUGGAAAAUGAUGUGCGAGUUUACAAAACUCUUCACGAAGGUAUUAGCCAGUACCAGAAAAAACUCGACGAAAUAUGGAAAAAAUCCCGAUGGAUCAGCCGAAUCGCUUCCGAAGCGAGGGCGAAGCGUAUCAAGUCGGUUAUUGAAUCAGACUUUUUAAGUUACUACAGUAUACAAUGUAUCUGUUGUUAUAGCUAUAGAAUUCGCCUUCCCUGUCACCUAGAUUCUCUCCCCGACCCACCUCGCCCCACCCACCUCCUCUCCUUCCCUCCCAGUAGCUUCGAAUUUUGGAAACACUGCAGUUUAGAUUUGAGUAUUCGACAACAGUUGAGUAGUAGUUGA